AGCGGGGUCCAGUCUGCUGCUGCAAGCGGAGCAAACCUGGCAACCUGGCAGCUUUUACGGGAGACCGAUUGGCAAUCUGGCAAUGCGGAAAUAGAUCUGGCACCCCCGAUCCCGGACUGAGGAGAGAGGCGUGACAGAGCAAGCAGAGAGAAGAGGGGAUAGCGUUGACAAAGAUAAAAUAAUCAACUCUUUCUUUCCUGUUUUUCCUUUUUUAAUUAAAGUGCUCAGGUGCGCUCCUCCUGCACCGGCUGGGAUCUUCCAGCAUUUGUUUCUUUUAAUUUGACAAGUCUGAGAGGAGCACUGAAGAAGAAGUGCGUUUUUAUCGCUCGGAAUCCGGACUUCUUUACUGACUUUUCCUUUUUUGCAUCAAGCAUGGAUGUGUUGGCGAAUUACAGUAUUUUCCAGGAACUCCAACUCGUUCAUGACACUGGUUAUUUCUCUGCGAUGCCUUCCCUGGAGGAGAACUGGCAGCAGACAUGUCUAGAGCUGGAGCGAUAUCUACAAACGGAGCCCAAGCGACUCUCAGAACUCUUUGAUGAGGAGCUGGACUGUCUCUUAACGCCAGCCUUCAUGCAGGGUGGUGACAGCGACGAGGACUUGAUGGACCCCCUCCUCCCCAGCCUCCCUGACCAGCCCAGCCCGCCACCAUUACUGGUCGCUCUCCCCAAGGUCCAGGCCAAAAUCCUCCAUGUGCCCAACCCCAGCAAGACCCAAGCAGAGGCCGGGACUGAAAUCCUCACAACAAAAGACAACAUCCUUGCAGGAGUCAGUGCCGCUCAGCUCAGCGCUGCCGUUACAUCCCUAACGCCGCCAUCGUCGCCGGAGCUUGGCCGCCAUCUCAUCAAACCCACGCAAACACUGACUGCGACGGCAGACGGUACGCUAACACUCAAACUUGUGGCGAAGAAGGUCGGGUUAGGGGCGGCCAAACUGGUGGCGGCACGAGCGCUACCGUCACCGCCGAGCCGAGGAGGAGCCCUCAGUGAUGGCGAGCAGGGGGGAGGAGGAAGUCUGGGAGGAGACGUACCAGAGAACAAAAAGAGAGUCCACCGGUGCCAGUUCAAUGGCUGCAGGAAGGUUUACACCAAGAGCUCCCAUCUGAAGGCACAUCAGAGGACUCACACAGGUGAGAAGCCGUAUAAGUGCUCAUGGGAGGGCUGCGAAUGGCGCUUUGCCCGCAGUGACGAGUUGACACGACACUACCGCAAACACACCGGAGCGAAGCCAUUCAAGUGCAACCACUGCGACAGGUGUUUCUCCCGGUCAGACCACCUGGCCCUGCACAUGAAGAGGCACAUCUGAGGGCAGAAGGAAAAGGAGUCGGAGAGGAGAGGAGGCAAGAGGAAAAAGAUGAAGAGGAGGAGGAGGAGAGUUAGGAGAGAGGGAUGGGCAGUCAAGCUACCAACCACCCGCCUCGUUCACCCCGUCCAUCGACCAGUUGGCGGCCAUGACGCCUGCAGGGCAGCGCAUCCAUCUGAGAGGGCCGUAAAACAUCGAACUUACUGACAGCCCUCUCGCUGGGGACGGGGGAUUGGAGGGAAAAACGAGGAGUAGCUAGAUUGUUGAUUUUCUUUAAAAUUACACACUCACACACUUGCAAUAGUAAACACUCAACACAGCCGUCUUUGAAUGCAUCAUCCUGGUGAACCCCAGCCGCUCUCGUACGGCUCUGGGGACUUGGACACUGCCAAACAACAUAUACUAAACUUGCUUGCUGAAACAUUACGCCGCCUUUAUUUCUUUCUCUGUAGUCAGUGUGGGUCACUUUGGGUGAGGAGAUAGUUCAGUGGGGGUACUUUAAAUAUCCAUAUAGUCAGUUUGUUAGUGCUUUACCGGAUUCUCAAUCAAAUACUCAACUUUAUUUCUUUCUUCUCAUACACGGAACUAAAGAAACCAUCACCUGCCGCAGUCAGCUUCAGUAACAUACGUGAAAGAAACAACAAUGCCAAAUCUGCAGGAGAGUGACUGUACAGAUUGACUUCUCGCAGAGCUGACAAUCGUACCCAGAGUUCUGGACAUUGGGUGUUUCAGUGCACCCAUGGGGACCUUGGUCAGCAAGUGCUCCUGCAGCUCUCAGGCUCUCCUCUAGUGGGUGUUUGCAUCUCCCACCUUCACUGAGACGCCUGCCGCCUCCGCAGGCCAUCUGACAGAAAUGCGCAGCGACACUUUCUUCCCUUUUUUUUCUACUUAGAGGACAAUAAUUCUUCUUAUUGUUGUUAUUACAAAGAAUGACACUUUGUUCUUUUCUCUCUCUGGGAGAAAAUGUCUUAAAACUCACUGAAUUGUGUUUUUGAGGAAAAAAAAAACUGAAAAUCUAAGAUGACUUCAACAGAAUGUGUGGGAUGAGGAGGAGAGCGUUGUUGGUCUUUUAAUCCCCAUGUGCACUGGCUGUGCUUCUGCAGUCUGUAAGCAACCAGCGGAUGAACGAAAAAAAAAAAAAACGGGAUCAUACCGACUCUCAAAAAAGGGAUUUGUAUUUUCCUGAGAAAAUAAAAGCAAGGAGCAGAGAGGUCUUCAGUUUUUUGUGCUGCUCCUUCUGCCCCGCGAUUCACUCCAGAUGGAAAACAAAACCUUUGCACGACCCUCAGUGGUCUCGCACUCUGUCGGAGUCAGGCGGAGGACUCCCUAAAAACUGGAAACCUGCUUUUUUUUGUUGUUUUUUGUUCUUCUUUCUUUGUUUCUUUUUGUUGAUUCUGAAAAUCAUCCUGGAGCGCUCUCACAGACUCUGAGAUCUCAUCCCCCUGGCAUCACUGCAGGGCAAGAACGGAGGCUGAUGAGCCGCUUUUUGUUUAUUCACGUGGGAUUUAAGAUGCCAACGGACCUUUUGUGUGCCGGUGCCGAACAGACACGGUCACACACACACGGCCCGGUCAAACUUGCCUGUUUUUCUUGUAUCCAUUGACUGCACUGACUUUUUUUCAAUGUUAUCUGUGCUUUUUUUUCUACAGCGAAAAAAGGAACACAAAGACAAAAAAAUGAUAAAAAGACUUGAAAAAAUCCAACACAAAAAACAGUCCUGUCUCGCUCUACACAUUGUAUACAAAACAAGCACACACACAUACGCCGUCAACACACACACACACACACACACACACACACACACACAUACACAAACACAGACUUACACUGCAGUUUCUUUGCUCACGGCUCUUCUCCAGAUAAGACUAAUAAGAUUUAGGAAAAUAAUUAUUAAACUAAUGAACAGAGUUGGAAAACAAAACACUGCAUGGCAGGCUUUAGCGCAAACACACACACAUACACACACACACACACACAACAGUUCAUGUACGCACACACACACACGCACACUCUUCCAGGAAUUAUAUGUUCUGCUCCCAGAUCUUUUUUCACAGUAGGAAUUUAGCAACUGUUGUUUAGUAGAGGAGUAUCUUAGCUCUCGGCUGGAGGUAACAAACGAUUCCAAAUCCUUUGAAGUGAGAAAUCAGCUUGUUCUCAGUUCCAACAAUCACCCACAUAUCCUUCGCUACAGUUUCUGCCUCUCAUUUAAUCAGUGUUUUUACUUCAGAGACUCUCAGCUGCAGUCGAGGGUAUGAGCCACUUUUAUCAGACUUUCAUCUAAAGUAAAUAGAAAUAAAUCAAUCACAACAGGCCUUUUAUCAAAACGUACAACACUGCUGAAAACCAACUGAUAAUCCCUAAAGACCCUUUUUAUCCCGCCUCUAAUGAACACUGAAUUUAAAAGUCUUCAAGAAGACUCCACAUCUCACGGCCAAUACGAGACAGAAUCUCAUCUGGAGCCUUAAAAACCUCUUAAAUAAGAUUUCUAAUCUUGGAAAAAUCCCCCAAAAGGACAAAAGAACUGUUCAUGUUGGAGUAUUUAGACAUAAAGAUAAGAUUUUGAGAAUAAAGUUGUGAAUUUCUGAGAGUGAAGUAAACGUAUAAGAAAUAACUAGAGUCUAUGGUUAGCCUGUGAAAUGGAUGACCAAGAGAGCAGCAGCCGCCUGCACUGACAUGUGGAGAAUCUUGUGAAGUUAUACUUUAAUAUAUGUUUCAUAAAUAACUGAUGAGUAUAAUCUUAUAACACAUCAACACCACGCUUAUAAGAAUCAGGAUUCUGAAUAGAUUGUUCUUCACACCGAGUCUGUCCUGAAGAAGGGAAGGCUAAUAGGCAGCUUGUGCACGCAUCUGCAACCACUGUUUGUCCUCCGCUGUUGAGUAAAACUUCAGAAGAUGAUCAGCUUUCAUAAUUUCGGUGCAGGCGGCUAGCUGCUUAUUAAACAUAUAGAUCAAUCAAAGCUUGUAAUUACAACGUGUGUCUCACAAAUGUACAAAUUGAAGGUUAAUUUAUGGGUUUCAUCUUGUAAUUUUACCUCUUUAUUCUCCAAAUCUCUUUUUUUUUUAUCCUUAAAGUGUCUUUAAUCCACAUGUGUGUCACACUGAUACACAUGGAGACCAGUUCUUUAAUCUGGAAAACAGGCUUCUGCACAAACUGUCAGUGGGACAGAAAUCAGUGAAAAAUCUGGGUUUAAAAACAAACAGUUUCUACUUUGACAGAAAAAUAUUUCCAUGAAAACCCAGGGGGAAAUGUUUUCAGUCACUCUAAGUAAACAGUAUAUGUAUUUGUUGCACUGUAGGUCUACAGUGGCCGACAGGGCAGAGGAUCUACAACAGCCUGACUGAUCUUCAUGCAGGCAGCUCAGAAAUGUUUAAAUCGACAGAUCUAAAGUAAGUUUAUCCACCAAAGACAAAUCCAUGAAAAUAAAUGAGAGAGUUUUGUUUUUAAAUCUUCCUCUUUUAAUUCAUUCAGAGGUUCGUACGCAUAUCAUGAUUUUUUUCUAUCUGUGACCUGAAUGUGAUCACGUACCCGGAGAUCUCUGACGUACAAAUGACAUGAGAGGUAGAAACUGGGAUGAGCACAUAUCCACGCUUGCUUCUUUUGCUUGAUGGUUGCAGAAAAAAAGAAACCUGUCUUGCAAUCGGGGCAUUACUGAUACCACCGAUAUCAACACCAAUACUCACAGCGCUGCUCCAUCCGCCUACCACCACCUAUAUGCCCUGCAGCGCAUGCUAACAGUCUAAUACUCACUUCUGACUGGUACGGCUGGGUGAGGGUUCAGGGUUCCUGAAGCCGACGGGGGUUUUCAUAUCCCAACAUGCCCAGUCAUCGUGCCAGUCGGCCUUGCCAGCCUUCAUUAGGUGAAACAGUGAAAACAUUCCCCUUCAAGGGGGUUUUAUGGUGCAGCUUCGAACAAUCGAUACCAAAAACCUCCAGCGUGGAACUGCCCUUCAGCCACGGGCAGAGUCUCCCGGGUCAGGAGAGAUCAGCGGGAGACCGCCUCCAUAUGAGGCCUCUGUAUCCAGCGGCAGCUUUCUCUACUAACUCUGUCUUUCUGCUAAAUACGACGCAAAGCAACCCACGUUUGGGAUGAAUCCAGUGUUUCACUUUUGAUUUCAUUUCAUUGUUUGGUUCCUGUAACAAAAGCUGUGUUGAUGGUUGUUUUCUUCGGCUUGGAUGAUGCAAAGUCAUGCCAAAACGUUGAGACAUGCAACGGGAUGUAAGAGGAACCCCCCAAUACAGGACGUACAAUCAUUGAGGGACGGGGAUUGUAGCACUUUUGUGAAGCUUUUGAUGGCAUGAAUGUGUACAUGUGUGUAUGUAUGUGUAUGUAUGUGUGUAUGUAUGUGUGUAUGUGUGUGUGUGUGUGUGUGUGUGCGUCUGCGUGUGCGUGUGCGUGUGUGUGUGUGUGUGUGUGUGUGUGUGUGUGUCCCAUUAGGCAAACUGUGAGUGAAGCAGUGAUUCAGCGAGAUGGUUGAUAACAGAGUUUAAACUGCUGAACAUGUGUGCAACCUGGUGGGAGAAAAUUUUGGUUGUUACUUCUGCUGUUGGAAAUGCUCUCAAUCCAAGCAAUGGCUGAAAAUGUGUUUAUUAGGUUUUUGUUUAAACCCUUCAUUUGUUCAUACGCAUUCAUUCAUUCACACAGGAGCACAUGGGGCUCGAGAACACAAGUUGCAAUUCUGCACCCUGGAAAUCAGACACCUGUCCCCAAGAUUAGCUUCAAAUACACAAAUGGUUCAACAUUUCUUGUGCCCCCCAACCCUAAAUCCAAAUAUUCCUCAGUUCUUGUCCUGGUCUUCAAUAUUUGAAUGUAAAUCUGAUCCUAAAAUUCAGCACAAACACUGGUGUAAACCAUUUUGUACUUAGUUAAAGGAAGUAGGACACAUAAUCGGCACCCUUAUUUGCAUUUUGUCCCCAUUUGUCUUGUUGCUUUGUAUUAGCAAACUCAUUUUCUGAGCUGCUAACACAAAAAGAGGACCUUAUGUACAGACAACUGCAAUCUGUGUUGUUUCUCAGUCGAGGGCAAACCUUUGCCUGUAUGCUGAGAAAAAAAAUGAAAGAAAAUGAUGGUUCAAAUUGAUCCGCUUAUUUAAAAACACUUUCUAUUUUUGGGUAAAAAUCAACAAUGAAAUGAUCACCAUUGCUUGCAGAACAGUUCUGUGUUUUAAGGAGCAAGACACUGAACAAUGUGCCCCUAACUACAAAUACAUACAUAGAAGAUAAAUGAAUUGUGCUGGCUAGCCUGCAAGAAUUCACCUCACAGUUCCUCCCCCUUCUAAUUAAAAUCCAUCUUGACAUCCAACAGAUCUCAAAGUCACUUCAGAUACCACUUCACGUUCCGUCUCCUUGUCUCCCAGCCUGUAGGAGCAGGUUUUCUGUCACAGUGUUGCUCUGGGUCUCCUGUCGUCUCUCAGGCUCCUCCAGGCCAGCUAGCUGCCGUCCCACAGCUCUGAUUAGCAUUAGCACUCCCGGGUCCUCUUCUCCAGUUGCAGUUCAGCUAAUGAGAUCGCUUUGGGUCACAGGGAAAAUGAGUGGUCUGGAGCAAAAAAAAAAACAACAGGGACCUCGAGUCGGACCGAUUCCAGCGCUACCAUACCCAGUGGACAGAUUUGAUGCAGAACAAACAGGAGAGCCUGUUAGCAUGGAGUAAUGCCAGGAGCCAGUGGGUUAUCUCUUGAAGACACUGAACUAUGACAAAAAAAAAGAAGUUAAGAAAUCAUUUACCCACAUGAAUACCCAAAUCAUUACAUCAGCCUUAGCAUUUUAUCUCAUGGAUUACAGAUAAAAUAAAUUAACAUUUAUCUGCAGAGUCCCUACAGAUAUUUAAUCCUCUGAGUCCUCGACCCUCUCUCUUCUCUGCAGUUAAAAUGCCGUUCUUGUUUCCCUCCUACCAUCCCCACCCCAUCUCUUCCUUUCUGUCCACAGCAGUUGUCCAUGCACUAUCAGCUGCAGGAAUGCACACUUUACACAUUUUGCCCAAAGAUUUGCAUAUUUGCAAGUUAACUGCUGUGAAUGUAGUAGAUUUAGGGACAAGAGCCGAGAGGCAGAGACGCAGAAAACGAGUCUUGGAUGGGAGGUGGAAGAAGAGGGAUUAGUUUUUCUUACCUGAUCGUCCCAUUAAAUAUUAAUUACCGGCGUGCUCCGACUCUUCAUGCUUCAUAACAUUCUCAGUCUCUCGUCUACCGUUAGCUGGAGCCUAACUCAUUGUUCACAAAUGUAAAAUAAUGUUCACAUGGUCUUAUAGGGUGCCCGGUGUAGUGGUGCUAUAGCAGGGUUAGCUGGAGUGAGGGAGUUUAGAUUAUGUCAGCUGCUGAGCACACUGCAAACAGCACCGUCAAGUCUCAUAAUUCAAAGUCAAAGGUGGUCUGGAGUCUUUGGAAACUGUUGAGUUUGGACAUCACUAAUAUUGGAAGAGUUCAGCUUUUCAGUGUAUCAAAGAUUUAAGUUCAGAGGAAACCCAAAGUGGGAAAAUCUAUCAUUGGAGAUUUACUGAAUGCACAUUCACCCUGGCAAGUUGGUCUGAAUCUAGGAUUGGUUUGGCUUAAAAUUUGCUCUUUGCACCUUAAAUCCAGCUGAACAAGGCCGUCUAAAUUAAGAGCUGGAGGAACUUUAGGACUGUUGGUGUGCAACCAGGAAGCAGUUUCAACACCACAGAGAAAAAACUUUUAGCAAGAAAUCUUUGAAUGAAAAGAGGCUUCAGAUUAUAAGCUUUAGUUGCACUAGAUGGAGAAAGAGUUUGCACUUUCAUUCGGUCCAAUUUUCCAAUUGAACAUCAACAUUGUUUCUUUGCAAAAGGCGGAAACAUUCGCCAUUUGUCGGAGACAUGUUGUGCAAGUUUACCCCAGAACACCAAAUCCCCCACAUCCAAGCAACGAUUUUCACCUUGGGUUAGAUACCUCUUGUGACAGUUUUGGCGUGUCACUCAUUGGAGGGCUUGAGAACAUAUCCACCAUCUGAACCAGUAGACAAGUGUGAAAGCAGACCAAAAGGGUUGGGCGACUCAGACCAACAAACCCAGAGUGAAAAGUGUCUUUAAACAUCGUCCUUCACCACAGGUAGUUCUCUGAACGUUGUCCGUUAAGGGACCAGGCUUCAGUUUCUACAGUCUCCACUCCUCCACGUUACUCUGAAGAAGGAUUGUCAAUUUAGGCAGCUUUUGUAAAUAGCGUGAGAUCUUUCAUACAGAUCCGUAUGUGGCAACAGCACUGUCUCAGACAUUUCAGCAUUUCAAUAGAUCGGCUUUAGUUCUCGCAAACAUUGCGCUACAAUGAUCAUAUUUAGCUUAUCACACUCUCAAUGUGCACGCACUGCUAGCAUAGUCUGUUGGAGCACUUUGUCAAAUAUCCACUUAACAUUUGUCACUCAUCCAGGAUGCACUUUGCCACCAAGAACCAUUUUCUACAGGUUCACAUGACCUCCAGUGAAAUGCCUUUUUCAUCACCGUUAUUCUGGGGGAUUACGUUGAACUUUACAAACAUUCAGUCAUACCGGGACUUGGUUGUUGACCUUUCUUGGCAUCAGUGGCAUUCCGGGGUGACUCUGUUUUCACUGUGUUUGUCCAUGCUUGGUGUGUCAGUAUAUAAGAGAUUCACAGAUCUUUACCCUUGUCCUCAUGUCUGUAUAUUUCACCUCCCUCCCACCGAACCCUCUCCACCCAAACCUUCCACCAUCAGAGCCCUCUGGGGUCAAACAUGCUCAGAGUCUUCAUAUAUCUGGGAGCUGUUCCUAAGAGCAAUGCAGCUUGAGAGCUCCAAGCAGUUCUUUGAAAAAAGACUGCAAUAACUUCUCCACUUUUCUUGCUGAAUGUCCUCAGUCAGAAAGAAUUGUUUCAGUUCAGCCAGCACGUCCUUGUAGGUGCUUCUCCAUCUCUGUCAGUUUACCUGCACAGCUAGACCCUGAUGCUUGAGGCAUUCUCACAAGUAAUUCAAAGUUCAAGAUCGUAUGUGCAGAAGGAUUGGCAUAAAAAAAAAAAAAUCAGAUUGUCUCCACUUUGCUUCAUUGAGCAGUACAGUAUCAUGUCUGCUGAACUUCAUUUCUGAAUAACUUUUGGUGAUUCCUUUGCAAACAUUUAUAAAAUCAGGAGGAAUCAUACAAAUACCCUGCAUACCAGAAAGUAACAUUGACACCUCUGACAUAAAGUUAAGUCAAAGUAAAGUUAUUUUUCCACCCCACCCGCCCCAUGACACUAACUUCUAGUGAAAAACUCAGUCAUUUACUGCGUCACCAUCCAUCAUCUCUUUUGAUAUGAUCUGCAGAAGAAGCCACAGACUGUUGUAAAGACUGACUAGCUAGCUGGUUACUGAGUCUUCUUCUGCUGCUCUUCUCUGUAAUUCCUCUGUUUGAUGGCAGGUGGCAACAAGUGUAAAGAACCACUUCUGCCCCCAACUAUGAACCAAUUAGUUACACUGUGUUGUAUGCUCAUUUGAAACACAUUAUAAUUAUUAUAUAUUUUUAAUACCAAAUAUUGCAACGAUAAUAAUUGGGACCGCACUCUUAAAAUGAAUUAGCUUAGUAGAAUGUCUCUAAAACCAACAGGAGUUAUAGUCAAUAUGAAUCCCUAAAUGAAGAACAUUUAAAUUCAUUCUCAAAAUAAAAAGAAUUGGCACUAAUGAAACAAAAUCUAGAGGAGACACAGAUUUGACUUCUCAUGAUCAGAGAAGUGUCCGUUCAUUUUACCUGUAAUGAAAGCUCUGUUUAAGCACCUUUAUAUCAUCCAGCAUGUUUAUGCAGUUAGCUUAAACCAUGACCACUGAGGAAUCACAACUUUAUAUUUCCUUGGGUGAGUUGACAUGCCGAGAAAAGAGAAGACAGCAGAUGUGUUUUUACCAUCACAACAUCCCUCUCACCUGUCUCCCCGGGGCUCUGUUACUCUUCAUUUCAACCUUCAAUCCAUAAUCCUUCACUCCACCCCCGCCCUCCUCUCCUCUGUCACCGUCACAUCUGUUGGGUUUUUUAUUUUAUAUUUUCAGUUCUCUUGUUUUACUUACAAUUUUUGCUGUACAAAGUGUUUAAAAUAUUAUUUGUAUUAUAUGAUGUUAGUAUGGUAAUGUUCUUUAUUAAGGAAGAAGAAAAUUUAUUUUUGUUACUGGUCUGUUUCAUAAUUCUUUUCUAAAUUGGUAUUGUAAGAUAUCUAUGCAAGAACUGUUAAGUGGAGCAUUUUUAUUUAAGAAUGUAAUAUGUGUAAUAAAUGGUAG